GCUUGCUCACAAUGACUGAUUCAUCACCAUGGCCGGGCCGCCACUGAUCAUGGCCACCAGCGCAUAGCAUGAGGGGUGUGGUGUGGCACAGACAGAUCAGAGAGUGAGUGAGUGGCGCUAUCUGUGCAUUGCAAUGAGUGCUCUUGACGGUCCCUGCGAGUAAGGCACUCACAAGGUGCGUCAGUCAGUGCACGAGAAGCAGCCUGGCCAUCUCAUCUGCACACACACACUCACUCCCACCAAUACAGAUGUACACAUACGUUUGCAGCACAACACAACACAACGCAAUGCAAUCAAUGCAUUCCAGACAGACACCGACGGCAUCAGUCAGUCAGUCAGCCCGGCCCCUAAUCACUCAGUCGCCUCCCCUAUUCACACACACACUCCCUCAGACCACAUCCCUCUGCACUGCACUGCACUGACCCUCCCGCUCAGCGCCAGGCACUCUCUCUCUCUCUCUGCCUGUCCACCUGCCUCCCCCUCCCGCACCGCUGUGUGCCGUCUACUGUCCCCUGCCGUGUUGCUGCUGCUGCUGCUGCCAUGGCUAGCCUGGCAUGCUUGGCCUCGUCGUUGGAGGCGGUCGCCAGAGGGACGGUCGCGGCCUCGUGGCGCCCGUGUUUGGGUGUGGGUGGCCGGCAGUGUUGGGCGGAAUGGGUGCCAUGGGGUUGUGCGGUGGAAUGAGAGGGAGGCCGCCAUGGGCGAUCGGCGGGGGUGUGAAGGCGAUGCCGCCAAGAGGCGGGCAGAACAGAGGAAGCUGCAUGAGUGGGGGUGGGGGUGGGGGUGGAGGUGGGGCAGGGGCAGGGGGAUCUUCGUCCAAGUCCAUGUGAUCCGCUGUCGUAUCCCGGAUUUCAUUGUGGGUUGGUUGUCGUAUGGCAGCUGAGCCGUUGAGCUGUGGGGAUGGGCCCGCCGUUGACGCACCGGCUCCCGAACCAGACGGGCUCUGUCCGCUGGGUGGCUGAGGGGCCUGCGGGGGCAUCGUGAGCAGUGGGCGAGCAACACCCUUCAUGUCACAGCACAGACAGACAGACAGAGAUGCACAUCAUGUUCAACUUGCAUCGGCUGCGCCCUCCUUGCCCCUCACUGUUUGUUGUGUAGAUUACCUGCUGGUGGUGGGAAGGGGAUGUGGCCACACCUGCUCCAGAUGCGCCGACCAUCAUCUGCAGCGAUUGACGGGCUGCUGACAUGGCAGCGUCACUCGGAGGGCGGGGCAGCAUGGGGACCGGGCGAGCAUCCUGCAUUGAUUGCAUCGCACAGACAGACAGACAGACACAGAGACACAUACACGAGUGCGCCGCCAGUCCGUUGUGCAAUUCCCUCGGCUGCCUAUCUAUCAGUUUGUGUGUGUGUACCUGCUGCCCGCCCGUCGUCUGAGGGACAGCUACAGCUACUCUAGGUACGCCAAACAUCUGCAAUGGAGUGGAGCCACACAGACACGAUUACGAACCACAGCGACAUGACAAUGCCUUUGAUGUCUGUGUGUCUGUUGCCAUCGUACCGGUACUGGUGGUGCAUUGGAUGGAGCGGCAUCGUCGCCUUGUGGUGCAGCGAGAGCGGCUGCCGACCCAUCAGCAUCAUCAUCCCCACGAUGACCAUCUUCGUCCAUCUGCUGGCCGCUGGGCAAGGCAGCCUCGCCAGGAAAUGCCACGGCCGCUGCCCUCUCCUCCUCCCGAUGGGCCUCAGGCACGGAGGAUGGCAAGGGCACCUGCGUGAACAACACAAUCCAUAAGAGGGAGUCGUUCUUGAGAAUGCAGAGGGGAUCUGAUCAUUCACUGUGCUGUGCUGCUGUCGCUUCCUCACCGCAUUCGUGGCCGCGUCGGCCCCAUUCAUCUGCAUCAGACCGUCAGCCUCACGCACCACCACAUGCCUCUCCCCCACCGCACUGCCCUCUCCCUCUCGCUGCUGUACAUCCGCCACCCGGUGGUCUCCAUCCUCCUCUAAAGCGGUGUCCUCAUCGCCUGCCCUCUCCGCCCUGCCGGCUGCCUCCCCGCCGCUCUCUGCUGGUGCCAUGUGGGCGCCAGGUGCGCGGGCCAUGGUGGCUGUGUCGGCAGGGGGCGCCUCUCUGGUCUCGUUAGUGGAGAGAGGGGCGGGGGCUGCGGCAGAAAGGUCCUGGGACGAAGGAACACCUGCAGCUGCUGCCGCGGCGGCACCAUCCCGAGACGACGCUGCUGCCGCUGCUGGCGAAAAGGCCUGACCACCUUGGCCAGGCAAAUCGGCUGCGUCAGGUGACGACAGCACCGCCCCACUCUCGCCCACCGCACUGCCCUCUCCCUCCCCCUGCUGUCGCUUGCCCUCCUCGUCCAUUGGGGCCGCCUCAGGCGCCUCUCCUGCCCUCUCCGCCUCGCCGGUGCUCUCUGCCGCUGCCAUGAGGACAUCGCCAUCACCGCCACCCUUAGUAGCCGCGUCGACCAUGCUGACUUCACCGGCAGGGGGCGUGGGCGAGAGAGGGGCGGGGGCAGCCGCAGGAUGGUGCCGGGAAGAAGAAGAAGCAGCAGGUGCUGCCGCAGCAUCAUCCCGGGACGAUGCGGCUGCCGCUGCUGUCGAGCCCUCAACGCCGACAUGCUCCGCUUUGGCCCUCUUCGCUGGCGGCGACUCUAUGUCGUCCUCCUCUCCCUGUUGCCGUGCCCUGGCAGCCGUGGCGAUGAGCGGUGGGGGUGGGCUUGAAGCAGCAGCAGCAGCUGCUGCUGCUGCUGGUGCGAUGGCGGGGGGCUGUGAAGCGGUGUACGCGUUGAUCACGAUCUGCUGGAUGGCCCUGAUGCGCGUGUCCAGCUCGACAAGACCCCCUUGAAGCCUCUGGUGCGGCAUCUCGGCCAGGCACUCCCUCACCACCCGCAUCAGCUCCUCACCCACACAAUUUGCCCACCUCAUGCACGGCUCCUGGCGGAACAGCAAGGGGCGACAAUGGCGAGGCUCGAUCCAAUCCUCAUCCCACCGGAAUGUGGGCUCGCUGGCGCCCGGCGGGAGGACCUCGUUGACCACCUGCGGCCACGUCAGGCCAUUCUCCACAGCCAGCAGCUGGGUCCUACACUGCAAUUCGGCGUCCGAGCGAGACCACACGAGAGGGUUGCCCCUCUCCAUGUAAGUCUUCGUGGAGACGCCGGUGAGCAGUGACAGGAGCUCUUGGCCGGCAGCGCAGACGAGGGCAGCCUCCCCCACCCACAUCCGAGCACUGCGCACCUUCUGGCCCGUCCCGUCCGUGCCGUCGUAGUACAAGUGAUGCUCAUUCAGCUUAGCCCUGAGGGCGCGGCCCUUCUCCUCGAUCCCCUCGAUCCUCCGCCCAUCGGUCAGGGCGCACACCCCUUCCCAUCCGUGAAGCGCUUUGGCGAGCCUCUCCUCCUUCGCGUUGGCGGUGCCCUCGCUGACGCGGUGUCUGGCCGCUUCGAUGGCCGCCCUCUCGUCCUCGUACUGCUUGGCCAGCAUGGCCGCCACCUCGGGCGCGUAGUAGUGUGGUGUGACGGUCCACGGCCGGUCGCGCAAGGAGGCCUCCUUGUCGAUGGUGGCGAGGACAGCCAGCCGGCCGAGGGGGGCGUGUUCAGGUGGCGGCGGGUCUGAGGGCUUCCGCCGGAGGGCAUGACCCAUAUCCAGCAUGCGCAGGUCUGGCGAUAGGAUGCUGCGGUUGUCUCCUGUUAGGGCGUCGGAGACGGGAGGGAGGGGCUGCUGCUGCUGCUGGUGGCUGGCGUUGGGGGGCAAGUCGACCGACGGCGCCUCCUCUAUUGGCGGGAUCCUGACGAGAGAGUCCUUGUGGAUGUUGUCGAUGGCGAGAAGGCCGAGCUGCACUCCACUGUCGAGGAGGCGGAUGAUUCCCCGCCGCAACUCCAGCACCAGUAGGACACGACGCAUGAGAAAGUGCUGGAUGUGGGGGAGGGCAAUCUCCUCACUCGAGAAGGCCUGGCUGUCCUCCAUGAGCGAGAUGCAUCCAUCCAGCUCUUCGCAGUCGCCGAACACAUCUGGUUGCAACACAACACAACACAACACAACAGAGCACCGACAGCAAAUAGGGUGGACAGACACAUCGAACGGAUGGAUGGAAUGAAUCAAUCAGUGGGCCCUAGCUGUGCAUUCCUCACUCACUCAGAUCUAUCUCUGGCAUACUGAAGCCGAAGACACGAAACAGCUUCGGCCCUUCCUCCUCGCCCAGCGGCUCCCGCCCCUCCUGCAGGCUGAUGAACAGGCCCGUCCUGGCCUGUUGCUGCUCCCUGACCUUCCCCUUGCCCUCGAGGAAAUCAUCCAGAACGGGCAAAAAGGGCCGCGACUCGUGUGGGAUGUUGCGGCCGCUGAGGCCCUUCUCAAGGAACCGCAUGGUCCGCACCUCUUGCUGCAGCGCCAUGUACUUCUUGCCCUCUGCUGGUGACAUCCUUGUGAUCAUGGGCUCCUCAAAUGCCAUUAGCUUCCACACAGUCCUGUCCAUUCAAUCCAUGCAUUCAUCCAGAGUGCUGUUCUUUCUUUGCUUCGUGACCCUCUCUUUCCACCGAGUGCCCUCACUCACUUGUCGAGGCCAUCGACCUUGUAGAUCUUUGCGUUGGCGCCCUGCCCGACCUCUCUGGCUUCUCCCAGCACCCUCACAGGCGGCCGCCCCAUCACUGGUGGCACAUCUCGGUCCUGAUCCGCCAACUCAAACUCCUUCAGAAACAUCCUCGCCAACUGCUGCUUCGGCGGCUGCUCAUCCAUCACCACACUAUGGCCAUGACUCCAG